UGGAAGUAUCGAUGGCAUGGUAAAACCCAUCCGACAUACCAGCACAGAGGCUGGACAGGGAAACCACCUUCAUUACGUUCUAGCGGAGUCAACAUGGGCAACACGACUGGACGCAGCGACAAGAUGGCAGCUCACAAACCGUCGGUUUUGCUUGAAGUAGAGGAAGUCAACAAGAGGACACUGGGGAAACUGAUCAUCAAGACUGUUGGCCACGAGGGUACUGAGACGGAUGAAGAGGGGACGUAUCUCCGGCGACAGAUACAAGUCUGCAUCUCAAGUCUGGAACAUCACCAUUCUGCCUUGUGGAAGAACGCGAGGGUGUCGUUCUACGGCCUACAGGGUCAUGAGUACGUCAUACAGUCCGGCGGCGGUCGUCAUCGGUUUGUGGUCUUCCUGGACGCCAAAGACGAAGUUACUCUGACUAAACUAAAAUAGGACGUUUUUUAAGAAUGCGAAAUGCUGAUUAUUCAUGUGUACACUUCUUUAAAUACAGUCUUGUUGUUUCA